AUGUAUUACGUGAAAGAUAAUGGAAGGAAUGAUUGCCCGAAUUUGACGAGCAUGUCUUGGAAGCGAAAGUCGGAGAAAGAUUUAGGAUGGGUCGAUACAACGAUUAGUAUCACGUGUAAAACUCCAGAGAAUCAUAAAAACUCACCAUCGAAAUCAACAACGACUAAAUCAGAAUUUCAAAACUCUGAAGCAUUCGACUUUAAUUCAUAUGAAUACGAAGCUCAAGAAUUUCCAACGACAACUACGCUCGAUUUCACAACCACAACUGCAACGACAAUGACAACGACUCUUUGGGAUGAAGCGGUGCAGCCCUGGGCGCCGUGGUCGAAAUGUUCGUCAACUUGCGGCGGCGUUCAAUCGCGAAAAAGACAUGAUGAUGAAAUCGCAACGCAGUGGAAGCCUUGUGGAGCUUCUUGUCCUACGUAUUCCCCGUGGUUCGAAUGGUCUCCGUGUUCAGAAUGGUGCGGCUUCGGGGUUCAACGGCGUCGCCGCGUAUGCACUUUAGACGGAAAACCAUCAGACGAUUGUAACGAUGCCUUAGCUUUUGAAAAGAAAGCAUGCUACGAGCAGGAUUGUCCAUUGGUAUCAAAACUAUCGAACUGUUGCAUGUUUAUUUCUAUUUCCGGCUCCGGCGGACCUCUUGAUGGCUCUUACAAAAUUUCCGGCGGGAAUAAAGAGGGAAUCAUUUAUGAGCAUUUUGAUGGUAGCUUCGAAAUCUAUAAGCAACAGAGGAAAUGGCACAUUGUGCACAUAAUGAAAUUAACGCCUCUUCUUCUGGCUGCGGCUCGUGCCUCGUCCCCUUACACUCAUGGCAAGACAAAUGGCGAUUCCGUCCACACUUUGGAUGGAAGCGGACAGACCAAGGUUCCCCUUGCCCAAAACGCCGAUAUCUUUGGCGUCUCUACAGAUAUCCUCUGGUUCCAGAACAACGGUGCCAUCUCCUUCGAUACAACCAGCGAUUCAAGCCCAGACUCGAUCUCAAAGAACUUGGUCGUCGCUUCGCUUUGGGGAACCACUGGAUCUGAUGCCCUCAGCCCAAGCUCUGGAAAGAUCUUUUACAGAAACGUUGGCUCAAGUGACCCAGCUUUUGCUGACAUCAAGGUCCGGUUCUAA